AAAUGAGUAGAGGUACCAAUCUCUUUGCAGCAUCUUCAAUAUCAGCAAUUAUUUGGAUUAUUACACUAUUCUUAUCAACUGGAUAUGUGAAGUAUUUAAAAUCGUAAAAUUAGUGAGGUUGCUAAAUCAAUGCCAACAUAUGCCUUGAUUUUAUAUUUCUCUUAUGCACUGUUUAAAGUAGGGGGAGAUUUGUCACAAUUGAAGGAUUAUCCUGAAGAAGCUGAAUCAUUAUAAAAGGAGGUUGAGGAAGCUAAGCGAUUUUACAAAGAGAAGGGAUUAAAAUUGUGAAAAAUUAAAUAUGC